AGCCUCUUUCUAAUAACGGAUAUUCAAAGAAAACAGAACACCAAUAAAAUGUGAAUAAAGGGAUUUCACGUGGCUGUAACUACUGCAUCAAGAGUUGUAAUUUCACGGCGGCGAUGAACAAUCCAAUCCCAAGUCCCAAACAUUUGUAACGAACGCUACCGAUUUGAAGUUCUUCACUCCCGCCGCCACCUAGAUCUGCUCAAAGAAGCCUACCCCUAAUCUCCAAUACGCUACCAAAAAUGGCAAUCAGAGAAACAGGAAUCAUCAGAAACAAAGAACAGAUGAGGAAUUGGACAAGAUCUAUGAGAGCUCAAGGGAAAACAAUCGGAUUAGUUCCAACAAUGGGUUACCUCCAUCAAGGCCAUCUCUCUCUCAUCGCCGAAGCUCGAAAACACGCACAGCUUAUCGUGGUCUCAAUCUACGUAAAUCCCGGUCAAUUUUCCGCAAAUGAAGAUCUGUCCACAUACCCCUCUGAUUUCCAAGGCGAUAUUGAAAAACUCCAGUCGACUCCAGAUGGCGUAGAUGUUGUUUUCAAUCCCUAUAAUAUGUAUGAUUAUGGAGAAGAGAGGGAACGAUCAGGUGGGAAGAAGAGAGAGAAAGAGGAGGGAGUAGUGUCUUGUUUGGAGGACGAGAGAGGAGGGGGAUUCGGACAUGAGACAUGGAUUAGGGUUGAGGGGUUAGAGAAGGGAAUGUGUGGGAAGAGUAGGCCUGUGUUUUUUAGAGGUGUUGCUACUGUUGUGGCUAAAUUGUUUAAUAUAAUUGAACCUGAUGUUGCUGUUUUUGGGAAGAAGGAUUAUCAGCAAUGGCGGAUCAUUCAACGAAUGGUUCGAGAUCUUGAUUUUGCAGUGAAGGUGAUUGGUUCUGAGAUGAUACGAGACAAAGAUGGCUUAGCAAUGAGCUCUCGGAACGUGCAUCUUUCACCCCGAGAAAGGGAACAGAUACAAACUGUUAUGUUCUUUUGUGAUAUUUACAAAAACCAUAUGCGUGCAAGGCAUUUGUCGAUAAGUCGGUCGUUAUUUGAAGCCAAGAAGGGGAAAAACAUUUGUAGUGAAUUGAGAAGAUCAGUGAUUGAAAGUAUAGAAGCAGCAGGUGGAAAGAUUGAUUAUGUUGAGAUUGUGGAUCAAGAAAGCCUAGAAGCAAUUAACGAUGAAGAGAUUACACGUGGUGGAGGUGGAGGGGUUGUUAUAUGUGUUGCAGCAUGGUUUGGGAAGGUGAGGUUGAUCGACAACAUGGAAAUUGAUGUAUUGCAGCAUAGCUGAUAGCUUAUUAUAACGAACACAUGGGACUUAUGUU